UCGCAGCAAACGGAUUAAUCGCGAAACAACAUUUAGUGCACGCCAUUCUAUAAAAAAACAGAAACCAAUCCACCGAAACAAAAUGAAUCUGUUGACCAGUUCGAGGAGGAGCCUGCAUCUUCUGGUGUUUUUGGCCGUCAUCUUGGUUUUUCAUGGAGCCGAGGCGGGCUUACGUCUGCGCCACACCAGCCGAUCGGCCACGCCCCCCGCCAGCACUACGCCCACCGUGACGGUGACCUCGGAGGAGGAGGCGCCACCACAAGCCGCUGAGGAGAAGGUUGCCACCACUGCCGUCGAAGUUACCGAACCCCAACCGGAACCGGAAGUCACGACGGGCAAACACAAGAGGGGCAUUUUGCAUGGCCACGCCCACCAACUGCACGGCCAAUGGCCGGCCCGCACAUAUGCCUCCCACUACGGCUACAGCCUGCAGUUGCCCGGCGGCAGUGCCUUCCUGGCCGCCGCUCCGCCACAUCGCCACUUCGUGAAGUACGGACAUGGUCUGGUGAAGCCCCUGGUUUCCGCCUCCGGUUUGCUGCCUGCCCUUGCUCCGGCCCCCGCCCCCGCUCCCCUGCUGCCCGCCGUGGCCACAGCCCUGCCCGUGGGAUUGCCCACCGGGCUGCCCGUCGGACUGCCCACUGGCCUGCCCGCUGGAGUGGCCAGCGCCAUUCCCGCCGGAGUGGCCACCGCUCUGUCCACCGGCGUGGCCACCGCCCUCGCCGGCGGAGUGGCCCCGCCCUCGUACGUCCUGCGACCCGGCAACGCCCUCGUCUCCUCGUACAGCGUCAACUAUCCGCACCAGCACCUGCAGAAGCCCGUGGUCUUCCAGUCCGCCGUGAAGCCGCUGCAUUUCCACGCCCCCGCCCACGCCCAUGUCCACGCCGUGCAGCCCACCUACGUGCAGGCCUAUGCUCCGACUGCUCCCGCUGUGCCUGUCCAGCCAGUCCAACCCAUCCAACCCAUCCAACCCAUCCAACCCAUCCAGCCCCUCCAGCCUGUCCAACCCAUCCAACCCAUCCAGCCUGUCCAACCUAUCCAGCCGGUUCAACAUUUUCAGCCAAUCCAACCUAUCCAGCCGGUGCAGCAUCUUCAACCAAUCCAGCCCAUCCAGCCUGUGACCCAUCAGUUCCAGCCCGUUCAACCAGUUCAGCCCCUGCAGCCAGUCACCCCAGUGCAACCCGUUCAGCCCGUCCAACCCACUGUGGCCUUCGGAGUUCCGGCUCCCCCAGCUGUGGAUCUCCCCGUGAUCCCCCAGUUCCCGCAGGCUCCUCAGUUCCCGCAGGCACCUCAGUUCCCCCAGUUCCCCGGAGUGCCCACCUUUAGCUUCCAGCCCGCCCAGCCAGCGGUGCCCGCCCAGCCCGCUGUGCCCGCCCAGCCAGCGACUCCAGCUGCUCCCGAGGCUCCGGAAGUGCCCCAGAUUCCGGCCAUACCUCAGAUCCCCCAGAUUCCUCAGAUCCCUCAGAUUCCCCAGAUUCCUGCCAUACCUCAAAUUCCGCAAUUUCCGGGGAUCCCUCAGUUCCCCGGGUUCCCACAGAUUCCCCAGUUCCCCCAGGCGCCGGCCACUCCGUCGGUUCCCGCCUCGGUUCCUGCGGUUCCCACCUUCCCCAGUCCACCCACCAGCCAGUUCUUCCCGGCUGCCCCCCAGCCACCGCUGCCCCAGCAGCCACCCAGUUUCGGGCAACCGGAGUCGCAGUUCCCCGGCGGAAUUGUCCCACUACCGGGAUCCUCGCCCGUGCAGCCGGAAUCGGGAUCGGGCAUAGCCUCGCCGCAGAUUCCCCAGUCGCCGGAGGCGGAGACCCCGGCGGAGGUGCCACCACAGCGACCCCCAACCCACCAGCCACCGCAGCAGCCCUGGAAGCCCGUCUACUACCAACCACCCACCGCAUCCGCGCCAGCGUCACCCAAUCGCCCUUCGGUUACCCUGCUCCCACCCUACGGAAGUUCGCCAGCAGAAGGCUAUCUGCCACCCGUGGGCUCGCAGCCAUCGGCCCAGAGUUCCAGUAGUGCCGGAAUCGGAAGCCAGGGAGGCAUCUUCGACCAACUGAGCGAUGCGGAACUGGAGCACAUCUUCGCCCAGGCCAAUUUGGCGCAGCAACAGCACCAGGGCCACAACUACCACCACUACUGAGCUUAACACUAACUUAGGGAUCUUUUCAAUUUUUUUUGUUUUUUUUGUCAUCGUGCUUUUAUGUAUCUUUUA